AUGAUGCGGCUCUCAGAACCAAUUCUGGACAUGGAAAUGCCAAACUACAGUGAAGUUUUAGAUCCAACGUACACAGCACUGGAGUUCGAAACUAUGCAGAUUCUGUAUAAUGGCAAUGACAGUUCAGGAGAAGCUGUCAACAUGAAUGCUGCUGACAAUGGAGUCAGUAGUCUCUGUGCAAUAUGUGGAGACCGCGCGACCGGAAAACAUUAUGGUGCUUCCAGCUGCGAUGGAUGCAAGGGAUUUUUUAGACGUAGCAUAAGGAAAAACCACGUCUAUUCAUGCAGAUUCAACCGACAAUGUAUUGUUGACAAGGACAAAAGGAAUCAAUGCAGAUAUUGUCGUUUAAAAAAGUGUUUUCGAGCAGGAAUGAAAAAGGAAGCUGUACAAAACGAACGGGACAGGAUAAGUACGAGAAGAAACACUUUUGAUGGCUGCAACAGUCCCUCUAUUAGCACAUUGUCACAAGCCGAGACACUCUCCCGCCAGAUCUCAGUCUCCAGUCCUGGUGCUAGCACUGAUAUAAAUGUUAAGAAAAUUGCUGGUGUUAGUGAUGUCUGCGAAUCUAUGAAGCAGCAACUUUUAGUCCUGGUGGAAUGGGCUAAAUAUAUUCCAGGCUUCUGUGAACUACCACUCGAUGACCAGGUUGCCCUGCUAAGAGCACAUGCUGGGGAGCACCUGUUGCUUGGAGCAGCAAAACGGUCCAUGGCAUAUAAGGACAUUUUACUUUUAGGCAACAAUUACAUAAUUCAUCGCAACAGCACUGAAAUGGAGAUCUGCCGAGUGGCAAAUCGGAUUCUGGAUGAAUUAGUUCGUCCCUUCCAGGAAAUUCAAAUAGAUGACAAUGAAUAUGCUUGCUUGAAAGCAAUUGUUUUUUUUGAUCCAGAUGCAAAGGGCUUAAGCAAUCCAAUGAAGAUUAAGAAUAUGAGAUUCCAAGUCCAAAUCAGUUUAGAGGAUUAUAUUAAUGACCGUCAGUACGACUCCAGAGGAAGAUUUGGAGAACUUCUUCUUCUACUGCCUACACUCCAGAGCAUCACUUGGCAAAUGAUUGAGCAGAUACAAUUGGUUAAAUUAUUUGGAAUUGUUAAAAUUGACAGUUUGCUUCAGGAAAUGUUACUGGGAGGUACUUCUAAUGAUGCCACUCAUCUGCAUCAUCCAAUGCAUCCUCACUUAGCCCAAGAUCCAUUAACUGGCCAAACUGUCCUCAUAAGUUCAAUGUCUGCUCCUGUACAUACAGAACAGAUACCAACUCCAGAAACUCCAUUACCUUCCCCUCCACAAGGCUCUGGGCAAGAAUACAAAAUGUCUGCAAAUCAGGCUUCAGUCAUUGCACAGCAAUCUAUUUUGAAACAAAAACCAUUGUGA